AAUGUCUUUCUUUCUGCUGUCAUGGUUCAAAAUAAACAGCGCCCCCGGUGGCAUCUCGCUGUCAAAAAUGCGAAAGCUUCACCCAUGACUCCGCUGGGUUUCCGUAGUUGUCCUCUCCUGUAUUUCUUCCGAAGGAAACAGAACACGCUAAUACAGAAGGGCGGACUAAAACAACACGGAAACUUCACGCAGAAACAACAAAGCUGUCUGUUUUUGCGAGUUAGCAGCUCGGCCGCAGAGCUAUUCGUCUGUCCAUGCUGCGGCUGCUGUGCCGGAGUUCGGCGGGGAGCCAGACGCUAGUGCGAUGGGCACGGAGGUCACAGCGGGGAGGCGGCCUCCUCCUGCACCGCGCUCUGUCUUGCACCUCCAGCUGUCGCUGUCACGGUACCGGUUCGGGUGAAGUUAAUGGUCAGCCCGCAGAGAACGGCUCCGGUAACGCACUGUACCGGGAUUCGGUGCUUUUGCCCAAGACAGAGUUCCCGAUGAAACUGACCGGACAGAAGCUUCUGGACCGAGAACUCCAAAUACAACAGGAGUGUGGUUUUGCAGAUUUGUACUCAUGGCAGCGGGAGAGGAAGGCCAAGAAUAAGUUCUGCCUUCAUGAUGGACCUCCGUAUGCUAAUGGAGACCCUCAUGUUGGACACGCUCUCAAUAAGAUCCUGAAGGACAUCCGUAACCGUUUUGAGAUGCUAAGAGGGCGGCAGGUGCACUACAUCCCAGGGUGGGACUGCCACGGCCUCCCUAUUGAGCUGAAGGCUCUGGGAGACCUGGGGACGAGCAGCCUUAGUCCUCUGCAGAUCAGACAGAAAGCGCGGGAGUUUGCAGAGGGAGCGAUAGCCCGCCAGAAAGCUGCUUUCCAGCGCUGGGGGGUGAUGGCUGAUUGGGAUCAGUGCUACUACACUUUUGAUGGCACCUACGAGGCUGCUCAGCUGAAAGUCUUCCAAGAGAUGCACAUUAAGGGGCUCAUUUACCAGGACUACAAGCCUGUCUUCUGGUCUCCUUCAUCCGGAACAGCUCUGGCAGAGGCGGAGCUAGAGUACAACCCCGAGCAUGUGAGCAGAGCCAUCUAUGCCACAUUCCCCCUCGUCACACUUCCACCAAAGAUCGCUUCACAAGAAGGGUUGGAAAGUGUCUCUGUGUUGGUGUGGACCACCCAGCCUUGGACCAUUCCUGCUAACCAGGCUGUCUGCUACAUGCCAAAUGCCCAGUAUUCUGUGGUGAAGAGAGCGGACAACUCUGAGAAGUUUCUAGUAGCAACUGAGCGGACGGCCAGCAUAGCAGCACUGCUGGGCACAGACCUGCAGACUGUAGGCACCUUCACAGGCUCCCUGCUUGAAGGUGGGAUCUGCAAACAUCCCACGAUUCCUGACAAGCAAGUGCCAUUGCUGCCAGCUAAUCACGUGACCAUGGUGAAGGGAACUGGAUUGGUUCACACGGCACCGGCACACGGCAUGGAGGACUACAGUGUGGCCUCGCAGUUUAAACUGCCUGUGGAAUGUAUGGUGGAUGAAGACGGGAAAUUCAAUGAAUUAGCUGGACCUGAACUACAGAAGCUUUCUGUAAUGACAGAAGGAAACGAUAAAGUGAUUUCAAUGCUGAAGCAGAGCAAUGCUCUGCUGAAGGAGGAGCAGUGCAUCCAUAGUUACCCAUAUGACUGGAGGACAAAGCAACCUGUAGUCAUCAGACCCAGCAAACAGUGGUUCAUCAACACAGAGUCACUCAAAGACAAAGCAAAGGAGGCCCUGCAGAAGGUGCGCGUUUUGCCCGAGUCGGCCAGGAGCAGCCUGCUCACCAUGCUGGACAGACGGACAUACUGGUGCAUCUCCAGGCAGCGCAGCUGGGGCGUCCCCAUCCCCGUCUUCUACCAUAAAGAAAGUGGAGAUGCUCUCAUCAACAAAUACACUGUGUCCCACAUCGCACAGCUCUUCAAAGAAAAGGGCAGCGACUGUUGGUGGGAGCUUCCCAUUGAGACUCUGCUGCCUCCCGAGGUGCUCAAGAAGAGUAAAGCAGGUGCAGUGAGUGAUUAUGUUCGUGGAGAAGACGUCCUGGACAUUUGGUUUGACAGUGGAGCGUCGUGGGCAGCAGUGCUCGAAGAGGAAAUGGAGGAAAACUCUGAUGAGCCUGAGUCACGUCUCAAAUGGCUCCCAGCUGGGCUCCAGAAAUCUCUGGUUACAGCGGAGUCUGACUCUCGGGCUGACGUUUAUGUGGAGGGAAAGGACCAGAUUGGAGGCUGGUUUCAGUCAUCGCUGCUCACCAGUGUGGCUGUCCGGAACAAGGCACCUUACAAGUCUCUUGUGGUCCACGGCUUUGCAGUCAGUGAGAAAGGAGACAAGAUGUCCAAGUCGGUGGGCAACGUUGUGGAUCCUGAUGUGGUCAUUAAUGGAGGGAAGGGCCCCACUGAGCCGGCCUACGGGGCAGACGUGCUCCGCUGGUGGGUGGCAGAGUCGAACGUCUUCUCUGAGGUCCAGAUUGGCCCCUCUGUGCUCAACUCAGCCCGGGACAGUAUCAGUAAGCUGAGGAACACUCUGAAAUUCCUACUGGGAAACCUGCAGGGCUUCGACCCACGACUGCAGGCUGUGGAUCCCAAACAGAUGCACUACAUCGACCAGUACAUGCUGCACCUGCUGCGUGAGUACAGCAUCAAGGUUGAAGAUGCCUACAGUGAGUUUGAUGCUGGCAGGGUCAUCCGUGUGCUGCAGGCCUUCAUAACCAGAGAACUCUCCAGCUUCUACUUCAGUAUCAUCAAGGACAGGCUGUACUGCGAUGCAGAGGACUCGUUGGGUCGAAGAUCCUGCCAGACGGUUUUAGAGGAAAUUCUGGAUGGCGUGACGAGAUCCAUCGCUCCGAUCUUGCCACAUAUGGCUGAAGAGGUGUACCUGCACGCACCAGGACAUGACAAAGGGGAGACAUUAUUUAAAAGUGGCUGGAUUAAAAGCAGCUCUGUGUGGCGGCGACCAGGAUUAGAGGAGGCUGUGGAAGGAGCGUGUGCCAUCAGGGACUCCUUCCUGUCUUCCAUUCCUGGCAAAAACGCCGCCAGGUACGACCUCACUGUCGCCAUCGAACCAGGCCUCUUGUUCGAACUCAUGGAGUCUCUCCAGGAGGAGCCCACCUCCACCACCUCCCAGCUGGCUGAGCUGAUGAUGGCAGCUCGGGUCAACCUGGCCACAAAGAUGCCUCGAGACCUGGAUCCGGAGGCUCUGCUGAACCAUGGCACCUUCCUCAUCAACCUGGAGGGUGGUGUAAUCCGCGAGGAGAGCGCCUACAGUAUCGCAGUGACGCCCACCUCUGCUGCCCGUUGCCCACGGUGUCGCCGCUACACCACCAACUCAGCGGAUUGCCUCUGCCCGCGCUGCCAGAGUGUCGUCUCCCAGGCUCACUGAUGACCUCUG